GGGGGGUGGGGGGGAAAGUUUGCAUUGCAAUCCCCCUGCCUUCCUCUCCUUUCUCCCGAUCAAUGCAUAUUUGCAAAAGGAUUAAGCCACAGAUUUAAGCGCCGGGAGCCCAUUUCUGCCGUGCAAAGGAGACCGGACUGAAAAACCAAAAGCCAGCUCUGAUUUCUUUUCGCCAAGUGGGAAGGAUUUGAAGACAGCUUGAAGGAUAAAAGCCUUGGUGCUUCCCGGAGCCGAGCCGAGGAGCAGAAGAGGAAGCCGGGGCUGCCUUCGGAGAUGGACGAGCAGCCCAGGCUCAUGCAUUCCCACGCCGGGGUCGGGAUGGCCGGGCACCCCGGCCUGUCCCAGCACUUGCAGGACGGGGCCGGAGGGACCGAGGGGGAGGGCGGGAGGAAGCAGGACAUUGGAGACAUUUUACAGCAAAUUAUGACCAUCACAGACCAGAGUUUGGAUGAGGCGCAGGCCAGAAAACAUGCUUUAAACUGCCACAGAAUGAAGCCCGCCUUGUUUAAUGUGUUGUGUGAAAUCAAAGAAAAAACAGUUCUGAGUAUCCGGGGAGCCCAGGAAGAGGAGCCCACAGACCCCCAGCUGAUGCGCCUGGACAACAUGCUGUUGGCAGAAGGGGUGGCCGGGCCCGAGAAGGGUGGAGGAUCCGCUGCGGCGGCGGCGGCAGCAGCGGCCUCUGGAGGGGCAGGUUCUGACAACUCAGUGGAGCAUUCCGACUACAGAGCCAAACUCUCACAGAUCAGACAAAUCUACCACACGGAGCUGGAGAAGUACGAGCAGGCGUGCAACGAGUUCACCACCCACGUCAUGAACCUCCUGCGAGAGCAGAGCCGGACCAGGCCCAUCUCCCCGAAGGAGAUCGAGCGCAUGGUGAGCAUCAUCCACCGCAAGUUCAGCUCCAUCCAGAUGCAGCUCAAGCAGAGCACGUGCGAGGCCGUCAUGAUCCUGCGCUCCCGGUUCCUGGACGCGCGGCGGAAGAGACGGAAUUUCAACAAGCAAGCAACGGAAAUCCUGAAUGAAUAUUUCUAUUCCCAUCUCAGCAACCCUUACCCCAGUGAGGAAGCCAAAGAGGAGUUAGCCAAGAAGUGUGGCAUCACAGUCUCCCAGGUAUCAAACUGGUUUGGAAAUAAGCGAAUCCGGUACAAGAAGAACAUAGGUAAAUUUCAAGAGGAAGCCAAUAUUUAUGCUGCCAAAACGGCUGUCACUGCUACCAAUGUGUCAGCCCAUGGAAGCCAAGCUAACUCACCCUCAACUCCCAACUCAGCUGGUUCUUCCAGUUCUUUUAACAUGUCAAACUCUGGAGAUUUGUUCAUGAGCGUGCAGUCACUCAAUGGGGAUUCUUACCAAGGGGCCCAGGUUGGAGCCAACGUGCAAUCACAGGUGGAUACCCUUCGCCAUGUUAUCAGCCAGACAGGAGGAUACAGUGAUGGACUCGCAGCCAGUCAGAUGUACAGUCCGCAGGGCAUCAGUGCUAAUGGAGGUUGGCAGGAUGCCACUACCCCUUCAUCAGUGACCUCCCCUACAGAAGGCCCUGGCAGUGUCCACUCUGAUACCUCCAACUGAUCUCCCAGCAGUCGCAUCCCGGCUGACCUGUGCCCCAGUUGGGGCAGGGGCAGGAGGGAGGGUUUCUCUCCCAACGCUGAAGCGGUCAGACUGGAGGUCGAAGCAAUCAGCAAACACAAUAAGAGUCUCCUUCUCUUCUCUUCUUUGGGAUGCUAUUUCAGCCAAUCUGGACACUUCUUUAUACUCUCUUCCCUUUGUUUUCUGGGUAGAAGCCACCCUCCCCUGCCUCCAGCUAUCAGCCUGGUUUCGUCAUCUUCCCUGCCCCUCUCCUUCUGCCCUAGACUCCCGGGGUCCUUGCCCUCUCUUACAUCACUGAAGGAUAUUUUCAACAAUUAGAGGGAUUUAAAGGAAAAAAAAUGACAAAGAAAAUAAAGUGUUUGUAUGUUUUCAUGCUGGUGGUUUGAGGAGCCAAAUUUACCUCAUUCGGAUUCCCCAUGCCCUAUGUCAACAGGCAGUCCUCCUCUGUUUCUCUUGUAACUGUCACUACCUCUCUGCAGGAAUACGCCACAUCACCCUACUCACUCCAGGCCACCCCGCCUCCUCUUCCUCUUCCUCCUGAGGCCAGUACUGAUUGGGACACUUCCUCCUGUUCCUUCUCAGCCCCAGGUACUCACUGGGGUCUACGAUAGCUGAGCUUCUCAGGCUGCCACGUUUCCAUUUCAGUUCUGCUAGGUCGAGUCCCAGAUGGGAAGUCGGGCAGCCAGGGAAGGCACAGGGCACAGCAGGGGCAGAAUUCCUGCAGGCUUGCUCUUCCUCCCAGCAGCAGUGCUCAGUUUCAGAGGCACAGUCUUUAGAGACCAUUCAGUACUUACUAAGCAAUGUUCAGAACCUAUUGCAAGACCAGAUCUGGUCAGGCAUGUGAUGACCACAUCACUAAGGAGUAGAAAGUUUUUAUCCUGAAACACUUCACCUGCCCCAUCUCACACAUGCACACGUACACAACACACACAUAGGCACACACACGAUCUCCCUACCUUCACUUCCCCAAGACUCCAUAUGCGAAUACCUACAUGAGUCACAAUAGCACCACCUCUUGUGAGCCUAAGAGAAGGAAUUAGCAACCUUGAGUGAAAGUCACUGACAAAGAGAAGCAGUAUCUGCCUGGGCCUCUAGGACCUGUACACACACCAGGAUGACAUACAUGGGGCUCAAUCAUCGCGAAGGCCAUGACUCUAUGGCAAACUACUCCUGCUCCUACCACCUCGGGAGCUCUGCGGGGAGCCACAUACAGUACUUACAAUGUCCGUAAUAGAUUUGGUUCUGUUUUAUUUGGGGUUUUAUAUUAAGCACAUUGCAUUAACUAUCCAAAGUGUUACUCACCACCAUGUUCUUGAUCCUGCCUUCUUGCUCUGGAGGAGACCACUGUACAAGAACGUGGCUCAGGCGAAGACCUGAGAGUCAUGGGGAUAGCAGAGGUAAUGUUUUCAUUGCCAUUACCAAUUCCAGUGAUUCAGCUCGUCACUGAAUUUGACUCCCUAGGAACAUCUAAGAGAAAAUAGCAUGUACUAGAACGCUGUUCUUGAAUGUCACCUAUGCUUAAUACUUCCCAGUCAACCCUGCCAGCAAUAAAGAUGGCGGCUCUGUCGCUCGAUUUAAGUAGGAAGUGCUCAAAUCUCUUGGUGCUUCCUUUCCUUCAUCUGUAAAAUAUGGAUUGUUAUGCCUGCCUAGCUCACCAAGAGGCUUAUAUGAAACUGAAGAAACUUAUUUUCAUUUGUAUCCAUUCUGUAAAUGUGAACUCAGGCCUGGGAAGUAAUGUCCCUGAGAUAAACUGGUUCAUGCCAUCGAGGGGCAUUACAUGGUUUUCCUGUCCUCACAUCUGGUUACCAUCAGUAAGUACCCUGAUGUCAUGACCACGAAGACAAAGAGAAGAGUCGUUUCUUGUUUAGGGGUUUUUUGUUUGUUUUAGUUUUGACUUUUGGUCUAUUUGGUUUCGUAGGAUAGAGAAAAGCUUUCAAACUAGUAAAAUAGAAUCUGUUUCUCUCUUAGUUUGAAUCAGUUAUGUGGCUUUGUAAGUAUUGGUCCCCCAUCACCUCUCCUCUAUCUGAGAAGCUUCCAGAGAGAGGUACAAGACCCUGAAGGGUGAGGAUGGCCAGCUAGUAAGGCCAUGGACAUUCCACAGGGCAUGGCAGUCAUGUAUAGGAAACUUGCCUUCAUGUAUGUUUGAGGGAGUUGGGGGCGUUACCUGAGAAACUCGAGGAUAUGUAUAUGUGAAAGAAAGGCAAGAAAUAAAUAUUUGGCCAAAUGAAAUUGAUCCUCCAUGACUAGGAGCACUAGAAAGACUGUGUCUGCUCACUGGUGCCAUAAUCAGAAUGAGGCUAGAUAAGGAGGGUGCCCAGAAGGACUCUCUUUAUGACACUACUAUCGUGAUUAUAUAGUGAUUAGAACCAGAGGAGAAAUUUGUCUCAGUGGCAGAAUUACAUUGAAACCACCCACAGGUACAUGGUUGGAUCACAUUCGAUUGACUUGGGGCAGAGCACACACGGGUUCUCUUGAAAACGAAAAGAGUGACUCGGAUUUGGGCUGAGCGAUUGCCAUGUUGAGUUCAUAGAAAGGAUGAGAGCAGUGCUCCACUGCGCAGGCAGUUUCUCUCCCGGCAGUAGCUGGCACUGAUGAUCACCCAUCACAGCAUCUCCCCUACCCAGCACUUCAUACAGGCCUCUUUCUAGCCAAUCCCUUUCCCACAGCCUUCCCUCCAAGCCCACCAGCACUUCCAACAUGGCCGCCACCAGCUCUCUGCUCAGCCAAGUGCGAGAACAUGGGCAGCUGAAAGAUGGGGUUGGUAAGAGGUGCCUCUGCAAAUACAGCUCCCUGGGAAUUCACGUUCAGUCGACCCCACAGACACCAAAAUGCACCCUAGAAUUACUUCAUUUUCUAGUGGAAGUGGUAGUGCUCCAUUUUCCCAGACAGCUAAUUUCCCUUGAGAAACAAUACUAGACAGUGGGUUUGCCCACCUUGAGACUACGCUGUAUCCUUUUCACCCCGUCUCCUCCCCCUGGCGUGAAAUUGACUCCGUGCAGCACGUGAGCCACGUGGCCCCUUCUUCCAGAGCAUUUUUUAUUUUGCUGUGGUGGUGGUUUUUUAUUUGCUGGUUGCCUUUUCUUACAAGUAUCUUUUCCCCUCUUUCUUUCUGCUUUUAAUUUUUCUGCCCAGAAAAACCUGACUUCGAUACCAAAAAAAGAUGAAACUACAGAAACUCAAAUUUAAAAAAAACUUUAAAAAAAAAAAACAAAAAAAUACUCAACGAUUCUUUCAGCUUUAUUAACAUUUUCCAUUGUUUCUUGCGACUUGUGUCUCGUUCUUUGUAGUAUUGAUGAUGAACAUUUGAUAAUGAAUGUUCUUGUAUAUUCAGAUAAAGAAAAAAAAACCAAAAAAGCGGUCUGAAUUUAAUAGUGUUUAUAAUAAAAAUUUUAAAAAUGACCCUCAUAGCACGCAAAACAGGAUGGGGGACCUCCCUCGUCCUUCUGUGACAAUGCAUCAUUCCUGUAUUCGUUUUUAACACCAGACUACCUACAUUCAUCGUUUCCCCCAUUUUUCUUUUUAUUUUCUUGCAUUUGUGAAUUAGUUCAAGAAUGCUAGAAAAGUGUCGAGUUGUGCACAUCCAUUUCUUGUUUCACAAUGUUUAAAAGUGACAGUAAUUCAUUUUGUAAACUAAAAAAAAAAAAAAAGGUUGGGAUAGUGAGCAUAAUAGGUACAACCUAACAUGUUAUUAUGUUUAUUAACUUUGAGACCCAGAAAUAAAUUUUCUUUUUUUUUUAUUCCUGCUCUUAAAAAUUCAAAAACAAUAUAUGUUUUGUUUUGUGUUAUUUUUGGUUUGUUUAUUGGGGGGGGGGCUUUUCUUUAAUUGUCAGGAGUAUGGUCUUGCUGUUUUUCUUCCUUAAAUAUGUAUAAGAGGUGAUGUGAAAAGGUGACCUUGGUAGAGUAGGCUGCCUCCAUAGUUGUCUUAGCUUGAAUUCAAUUGAUAUCAAAAACAAAGAUGGAGCCCAUUCAAUGUCUCAUUGCUCACCUGGCCCACCUCUCCUGGAGUCCUAGAGAAAAAUAAAGCCAAGAACUUGCUUCUUUCUCCUUUGACCAUUUAAAAACUCAAGGAAUUGGUCCAGGGAACCCUUUUAUACUCUUAGGAAAGGAUUUUGCCUUGGUCGAUUCUGAAUAUCACAACCAAAUGUUUUUUUUCUUUCUCCUGAUUAAUAAAAGCAUUCCACAAGACCCCUUCCAACUAGAAAGGAUCUCUCUUCCAGAAGAAUCCCUCAGAAGAUACUGGUGUGAUGGGCACCCUUGGCUGAGCCUAGAUCCAGGAUGUGGUCCUGGGGCCAGUCCUGCUUGCUGAUCCUUGGAGUCCUGACCAGGGCUACAGCAUUGGUGAGCUACUAAGCCAGCCUCACCCUGUAGUUUUAAUGCCCAGAGGUUAAGUAGGAGUCACUGACAGUGCACUUCUUAACCUCUGACUUAGUCGGCUGCUUAAAAAGAAUUCUAAAACAGGCUUGAUCUGGAAUGUUUUGAUUACUUAAAGAAAGAAAGAAAAGCAAUAUUAUCUGGUAGAAACAUAAUUUUCGACAUCUCCCAUUCUACAAAUUGAGUGUUCAGAAGGCAGCCGGAACAUAAAAGCAAGAAAAGGGAAGAACAAUGGAGAAUUGUGAUGCUACAUUUUAGGAUGUAUUUCCACCUAAACACUGUGCUUUUCUUUUUAAGUCAGAGCACAAUAAUGACGAGCUUUUCACAUCACCUUAUGGUUUUGAUCCCUAAUGCAAAGCUUUCUGGAAUCUUUUAGUUUUUGUAAACAUUUUUUUCUUUUGUUAAAAUAAAACAUUCAAUGUCUCCCCCCUUUCCCUCUUACUCUUUCCUUUCCUUUGGCGUUUUCAUUUUGAAGUGUUUUCCUUUGGUUGCUGGUUUUAUUCUCCCUCCCCCUCCCCUUUUCUUAUUAUUCAGAGUAUAAACCUGCAAAGCUCUACUCUGUUUCGGUUUUGAAAGUUUAAGCUUUUCUGCUUCUGUGAGAGCACAGGCUUCUGUCCCUUUUGAUUCCGACUGAACUUUUGUGUUCUCUAAUGAUACUAACACAGUAUAGGUUUUACAGUCUCCUAAUUUGUACUGGUAAUGCAUAUUCCAAAUAAAUAGUUUCUUUUGUUGCAAAAAA